CAGAACCAAACACCACCACGAGCACACGCCCGCUCUCCCGGCACCGGUCGCCCGCGGAGUGAUCAUUUCACCGGGAGUUUGUUCGUCGGGCCGUGCUACAAGUUGGUCUCAGGAUCAGAUUUUUUACGAGCAUGGACGGAUCGAGCGCGAGCGGUGAGAGCGGUGGCGGUGGCGGUGGCGCGCGGGGCGGGCGUGGCAGGAGGUGGAAGGGCAAAGGGGUCACGCCCAUACAACCGCGGCGGCAGCUGGCGCCACUUUUGGAGGACGCGUCGGCGGCAUUGCUGCGCCCGCUCAAGAAGAUUGGACGGGCAGCCGACCGCCUCUACCGGUCCGCACCGUCGCUGUCGACGCCUUCGUCGGCCCCGCCUUCACCUCGCUCCAACACCACGCCGUCGCCGCCUUUGGCGCGCCAUAUCUCCCCGUUCGCGUACGAGCCCUCGACGCCGGUGGGUGGGAGCCCGCGGCUGCUCCCGCCAUGGCAGCACUCCAGCAUGUCACACCCGGCGUCGCCGCAGCAGCAGAAGCCGCAGCCCUUGCAGCAUCAGCAGAUGAUAUCGUUCGGCGCACCGCCCCAGUACCAGAUGCAGUUCUUCGUGCCGGAGAGCGCGCAACAGCAGCAGAUGCUGCUGCGGUACUGGAGCGAGGCGCUGAACCUGAGCCCGCGCGGCGGCCAGGCCGGUGCGCUGUCGUCCCUGUACCAGCAGCUGCUGCGGGCUCCGCCGCCGCCGCAGAAGCUGUACCGCGGGGUGCGGCAGCGGCACUGGGGAAAGUGGGUAGCGGAGAUCCGGCUUCCGCGGAACCGCACGCGUCUGUGGCUCGGCACCUUCGACACCGCCGAGGACGCCGCCAUGGCGUACGACCGCGAGGCCUUCAAGCUCCGCGGCGAGAACGCGCGGCUCAACUUCCCGGAUCGGUUCCUCGGGAAGGGCCACGCCGGCGGGAGCGGCCGCACCAGCGCCAGCUCCGCAGCCGCCUUGACUGUUGGCGCCACGUCGGUCUCGUCGUCGUCGCCUCCGGAGACUCCUGACGAGGCAAACACACAGCAAACGCCGCCGCAGCGGGUAGAAGGAUCGUCGGACAAACAGCAACAGCCUCCGGUCGUGACGUCGUCGCAGCAAGAAUGCGGCUCUGGCAACACAGCCAUGGCCUACUCCGCUGAAAUGUUUCACACGCCGGUGGCGUCAGGCAGCGAGUGGGGUCCGGCCGACGAGGCAUGGUUCAACACCUGGGGCCCCGGGAGCUCGUUCUGGGACUACGACAUGGACAGCACCCGCGGCCUCUUUCUCCACGGGCGCUUCGCAGGUGAUGAGGCCGCCAUGGAGCACUCCAACGCACAAGAAACCAUAGCGACACCUGCGGCGGUAACAUGGAUGGACACGCCAUGCGAUCACGUCCCGGUAACCCCUGCUUCUUCUUCCCAUCUUCACUCCCCGACACCUCAUAAUCCUACUAUCUUAAUGGACUAAACAGCACAUCCUAUCACCUUGCUGAUUCGUUCUUUGUCCGCACUCCUAUUACAUGCAGAAAUAGCACUAGCUAGGAUAGAGAUGCACGCAUGUUUCAGGUUUUUAAGACAACUUGCGGCAUCACACAGAUUCACAUCACAGCACCAUUCACGAACCAUUAUUCGGCAUUGCCUUUCUUCAUCAAACCUUUCUUCUGAAAACUACAAGGAAGCCCUGCUCUAGGCUGCAAUUUUUAGGUCAGCUUGUAGAGCAACCAGUGAAUUUCCCUCCCAUGUUCUGUGUCACUGUCACCUAGGUAUGACUCCUGUGUGUUAGAUAUUCUUAGUUAGCUAGACUCUUCACAGUGUUGUUCAGUCUGUGAGAUAGCUUCACUGAUUUAGCUAUUUGAUUCACCGAGUUACGAUAAUGGAUUUAUGUAUGUAUUACUCUGAAUUAUUACUUUGUACUCUUUUCUUUUC